CUUACAGCAGUACCUUCCUCACCCAGCCUCUACACCGGUGCCUCCUCUGUGCGUGCUGCUGCAGCUGUGGUCCCAAGAUGCCAGCUCUCCAGCUGCUGCUUCUGGCCUGCCUGGUGUGGGGAAUGGGGGCCAGGGCAGCACAGCUCCGAAAGGCCAAUGAUCGGAGCGGCCGGUGCCAGUACACCUUCACUGUGGCUAGCCCCAAUGAAUCCAGCUGCCCCAUGGAAGACCAGGCCACGUCAGCCAUCAUCCAAGACCUUCAGAGAGCCAGCAGGAGCCAGCAAGCAGACCUAGAAUCCACCAAAGCCCGGCUCAGCUCCCUGGAGAGUCUGCUCCACCAACUGACCUUGGGCCGGACUGCUGGGACCCAGAAGGCCCAGGAGGGGCUGCAGGGCCAGCUCAGUGCCCUGAGGAGAGAAAGAGACCAGCUGGAGACCCAAGCCAGAGAGCUAGAGGUGGCCUAUAACAACCUCCUGAGAGACAAGUCAGCGCUAGAGGAAGAGAAGAGGCAUUUGGAACAAGAGCGUGAAGAUCUGGCCAGGAGGCUGGAAGGCAGCAGCCAGGAGGUAGCAAGGCUGAGGAGGGGCCAGUGUCCCUCAAGCCAGCAUUCCUCUCAGGACAUGCUGCCAGGCUCCAGGGAUGUUUCUCAGUGGAAUUUGGACACGUUGGCCUUCCAGGAACUGAAGUCAGAGUUAACUGAGGUUCCUGCUUCCCAAAUCUUGAAGGAGAAUCCAUCUGGCUUGCCCAGGAGCAAAGAGGGAGACAACGGCUGUGGAGCACUAGUCUGGGUAGGAGAGCCAGUCACUCUGAGAACUGCCGAGACAAUCACCGGGAAGUAUGGCGUGUGGAUGAGAGACCCCAAGCCCGUCCACCCCUACACCCAGGAGACCACCUGGAGGAUUGACACGGUCGGCACAGGCAUCCGCCAGGUGUUUGAGUACAGCCAGAUAAGCCAGUUCGAGCAGGGCUACCCUUCAAAGGUUCACGUGCUCCCCCGGGCUCUGGAGAGCACGGGCGCCGUGGUGUAUUCGGGGAGCCUCUACUUCCAGGGGGCCGAGUCCCGAACCGUGCUCAGGUAUGAGCUGAACACCGAGACGGUGAAGGCGGAGAAGGACAUUCCUGGAGCCGGCUACCACGGACAGUUCCCCUACGCCUGGGGCGGCUACACAGACAUUGACUUAGCGGUGGACGAGAGCGGCCUCUGGGUCGUCUACAGCACAGAGGAAGCCAAGGGAGCCAUAGUCCUCUCCAAACUGAACCCGGAGAACCUGGAACUCGAGCGCACGUGGGAGACCAACAUCCGCAAGCAGUCCGUGGCCAACGCCUUCGUUAUCUGCGGCACCCUGUACACGGUCAGCAGCUACUCUUCAGCCCAGGCAACCGUCAACUUUGCCUACGACACCGGCACGGGGAUCAGCAAGACCCUGGCCAUCCCAUUCAAGAACCGCUACAGGUACAGCAGCAUGAUUGACUACAAUCCCCUGGAGAGGAAGCUCUUUGCCUGGGACAACUUUAACAUGGUCACCUACGAGAUCAAGCUCUCUGAGGUGUGAGGA